UCUCCAAUAUAGGGGGUUUGAUGGGGUUUCAAGUUUGGUGGUUGCCCCCUUCCCUUUGUUGAAAAUCAUUCCAGUGCUUGGAGUUCAAGAAAUAUCCAUUUCCUUCAUUUAUGAUCUAAAUCAACCAUUGCCCCUUUUCAUUUUUUGCUUCUUUAUUACUUCUCUGUUAUCUUAUCUUGAUUUAUGCUACAAUCUUGGUGUUUAUAACUCCCAGGAAACCAUGAGCAACUCUCCGACAAGUCCGAAACACGAGACGAAAGAUCGUUCUUGCUAUGAAUUCGAUCCUCGGGUGAACUUUUCACAGUUUCUAGAAGACGCAAGGCAGCAUGCAAGGGGCAUAAACUUGCAGCGGUCAUCUUCAUGUUCCGAAACAAGAUCAGGGGCUGCGAAAAAGAGCAAGAAAUCAUGGAGACACUCACUCUUCUCAUGGUGCAAAAUUGACAGGAAGAGCAAACCGGGUUCGGAUCCUGUCCAUGUUUCUAAUAAACAUUACGAUUCGGGUCCGUUGUGUGGAACCACCAAGGGGGUCGAAACACCAAGCCUGCGUCCAUUGUCGGGGCCGCCGUUCUCGGUCCUUUUCGCCCCUAGAAGGAAGAUGGAGAAUGAGUUGCCUUACACGAGUCUUGACCGGCUUAACAAUCCUUAUCAUGUCAACUCCUAUGGACCUGUCUAUUUGGUGACAUAGUUGUAUCAAUGAUUGGGUAUUCGAGAUGGGGCAAAAACUGGGGAACUUCGCGACAUUUAAUGAGGUAACUGGAUCUAUCAAUUAUGGUGGGAUAUUUGACAUAUAGGGUUUUGUGAGUUGCAACUAGAACCAGCUCUCCUAGUUAAUUUAGAUCAUAUGUGAUUCAUGUAGUCAACGAAAUUGAAAUUCCAUUUCUAAAAUUAGUUGCAAGUGAACUUUUUUUUAGUUA